AUGGAGGACUCGACUUCGACGUCUGGGAACAUGAGACUGGGCUGGAUUGGUCUCGGUUCAAUGGGUCUCGGCAUGGCAACGAACCUCCAAAGCCAUUUGUCCCGGCUCAGGGCCCCCAGUCUCCGCUACCACAACCGAACGAUGUCGCGCGGACAGCCGCUCCAAGACCUAGGUGGCGUGCCAUGUGAAAGCAUAGCAGGCCUCAUCUCCCAGACAGACAUCAUCUUCCUAUCCCUGAGCGACGAUUCAGCCCUAGCAGCGACCCUCGACGCAGUCGUCGGGGCAGGGGCCGAUCUGUCGGGCAAGGUCAUCGCGGACACGUCCACCGUCCACCCCCGGUCCUCAGAGGAGGCACAGGCGAGACUGCGCGAGAGGGGUGCCCGGUUCGUCGCCGCGCCCGUCUUCGGCGCGAGCCCGGUCGCGGCGCAGGGGAAGCUCCUGUUCAUCCUGGCUGGGCCGGAAGAUGCCGUGCAGGCCAUCAGGCCGUUCCUGGUCGGUGUUAUGGGCAGGGGUGUCAUCCGCCUGGGCGAGGAUGUCAAGGAGUCCAGCUUGUUGAAAACAGCAGGCUGGGAUAUUGACGUUACACCAGUGAUGGAAGUCGUUGCAGAAACGCACGUCUUCGCGGAAAAGACCGGCCUGGGCAAUGGGCCCAUAGAAUCUCUAAUUGAACAGCAAUACGGGCCACUGGCGCUGUCGAUGUCCAAAAGGCUAACCACCGGGGCCUACAGGCCAGCAAAAGAAGAGAGGCCAUGGUCAGAUUUGAAUCUUGCACUCAAAGAUGUAGGUCAUGGAAUCGCGUGUGCCCAGGAGGCCGGAGCGAAGUUGCCGGUGGGCGAGGUGGUUCAAAAGCACUUGCAAGAAGCCAAGGAGGUCUCUGAUGCCGACUCUCGUCCCCUUGACUCCUCGUCCAUGUACGGCAUAUUGCGGAGGAAAGCUGGGCUGGAAUUCGAAACAGAUUUGGUGAAACGAAGGGAUGCUGCAGAUUAG